AUGACGGGGGGCAGCGGCGGAGGCGGCGGCUUUAUGGCCAACAUGGUGGGGAAUGUUGCAAGUGGAAUGGCUUCGGGUGUUGGGUUCGGUGUGGCGCAGCGCGCGGUUGACGCCGUUAUGGGGCCGCGUUCUAUGGAGGUUGUUCACACGAACAGCGCAGCACCCGUCACUGCAGCUCAGCCGCAAAUGAUGCAACAGAACCUUCAGCAAAAUCCUUGUGCAGCGUAUCAGGAGGAACUUAGCCAGUGCAUGACGCGCCACACCGACAUCACGCUUUGCCAGAACUACUUGGACAAUCUGAAGGCGUGCCAGAUGAACAUGAACAGGAGCUGA